UUGGUUUAUGCCGACUGCGUUUGGUCACGGGGAGCCAAGGUCCACCGUGGUACUCUAACCUGACCUUUACACAUCUUUGACUCACCGCCAAACCCUCCAACAACUCCUCCUCUGAGGUCUGUGUUUCGCCACCCCCUUUUUCAGGGCCGCCGCCUGCCCCGUAGCUCCGUUAUCGGACCCUAGAAGCUGGCCUGCUAGUUAGCAAACAAGCUAACGAUUGCCAGAUUUCACCCAUGUCCUCUGAAGAAGGGUUGAGCUCAACGAUCACGGAUUGGAUUUUCAUCAAUUCUUGGUGGCUCCUCCUGCCAUUCAUCAUGCUUCUUGUCGUUGCUGCCUUCAUUGUUGCCUUUGUGUUACUGUUAUACAUGAUAUCACCUCUUAUUAGUCCCAAACCGUUGAAACUGAACGGGGCCCACGUCGUGGUGACAGGAGGCUCAAGUGGGAUUGGAAAAUCCAUUGCAAUUGAGUGCUACAGGCAAGGCGCUUUCAUCACCUUGGUGGCACGAGAUGAGGCUAAACUGCUUCAAGCUAAGAAAGAAGUGGAGAAAUUUGCAAUCAAUGACAAGCAGGUGGUGCUCUGCAUAUCGGUGGAUGUAGCUAGUGAUUACAGUCAGGUGGAAAGUGUGAUCAAACAGGCUCAAGAGAAGCUGGGGCCUGUUGAUAUGCUUGUGAACUGUGCUGGAACAUCCAUUUCUGGAAAGUUUGAGGAAGUGGAGGUGGACCGCUUUAAAAAACUGAUGGAAGUGAACUACCUUGGCAGCGUUUACCCAACACGGGCUGUCAUAACCACCAUGAAGGAGCGAAGAAUGGGCCGCAUCAUGUUUGUGUCCUCCCAAGCGGGCCAGAUUGGCCUGUUUGGAUACACUGCUUACUCUCCAUCCAAGUUUGCUCUGCGUGGCUUAGCAGAGUCACUGCAGAUGGAGAUAAAGCCGUACAAUAUCUAUGUGACUGUGGCUUACCCCCCUGACACUGACACUCCAGGACUGGCUGAGGAAAACAAGACAAAGCCUCUAGAGACCAAAUUAAUCUCUGAAACGUCUGGAGUUUGUCAACCAGACCAAGUGGCCAAAAUCAUUGUGCGAGAUGCAGUGCAGGGGAACUUCAACAGCUCCGUGGGACCCGAUGGUUACAUGCUAUCAGCCCUCACCUGUGGAAUGUCACCUGUCACCUCUAUCACAGAGGGUCUCCAGCAGAUUGUUACCAUGGGAUUAUUUCGGACCAUCGCCCUCUUCUACCUGGGGAGUUUUGACAGCAUUGUGCGCCGCUGCAUGAUUCAGAGGGAGCAGUUAAAAGCAGCUGACAAGAGAGAGUGACAGCAGCCUUACCUUCUUCAUAGCCCAGUGCUCCUUCUCCUCCUCCUCUUCCACACCCCCCCACCCCCACCCCCCA